CUAUGCCGCGGGAACACGGGGGGCAGAGCCCGGGACCCCCCGAGGCCGAGGUGAAGGUGGUGGUGGUGGGGGACGGGGGCUGCGGGAAGACGUCUCUGCUGUUGGCCUUCGCCAGGGGGGACUUCCCCAAGGUCUACAUCCCCACCGUGUUCGAGAGGUACACGACCACCCUCCAGGUUGGCGGCAAGUCCGUGGAGAUCCACCUCUGGGACACCGCAGGACAGGAAGACUACGACAGGCUUCGCCCGCUGUCCUACGCGGGCGUCAACGUUGUCCUCAUCUGCUUUGAUGUCACCUGCCCUCACAGCUACGACAAUGUCCUAACAAAGUGGUACCCGGAGGUGAACCACUUCUGCAAGGGCAUCCCGGUGCUGCUGGUGGGCUGCAAGACCGACCUGCGCAAGCAGAAGGAUGGACACCUGGAGCCCAUCUCCCACCAGAAGGGAGAGGCCAUGGCCCGGCAGGUCCAUGCCGUGUCCUACUUGGAGUGCUCGGCCAAGUACCAGGACAACGUCAGGGACAUCUUCGUGGCGGCCUGCCGUGUCGCCCUGAGUGCCACCCGCCGCAGGAGGCGACCCCGGAAGCGCUGCGUGCUCUUCUGAGCCCCCCACCCUGUCUCCUGUCCCCCCCCAACCCUGCCACAACCCCGGGACCUGCUGCUGUCCCCCAUGGGGUCAGGACAGUGCCUCAGCUCCUGGCCACUGCCAGGCUUCUGCUGCCACCACCGGACCUCUGGUGCCACCACGGAGCUUCUGCUGCCACCACCGGACCUCUGGUGCCACCACCGGGCUUCUGCUGCCACUACCAGACCUCUGAUGCCACCACGGAGCUUCUGCUGCCACUACCAGACCUCUGAUGCCACCACCGGACCUCUGGUGCCACCACGGAGCUUCUGCUGCCACCACCAGACCUCUGAUGCCACCAUCGGGCUUCUGGUGCCACCAUCGGGCUUCUGCUGCCACCACUGGACCUCUGGUGCCACUACCAGACCUCUGAUGCCACCAUCGGGCUUCUGCUGCCACCACUGGACCUCUGAUGCCACCACGGAGUUUCUGCUGCCACUACCAGACCUCUGGUGCCAUCAUGGGGCUUCUGCUGCCACCACCAGACCUCUGAUGCCACCACCGCUGCCACCACCGGACCUCCACUGCCAGGCUCCUGUCGUUGUCCCCCGCCCCCCGGGGUGACACACGGUGACAGCAUGUCCCCAGGCAUCAUGAAACUGUCCCACCAGUGUCCCCCAUCAUCGUCGUCCCCGUCCCUGAGCCCGGGCGGGUCCCGGCAGCAGAGAACUGA